AUGGAUGCUUCUCUCCGAUCCAGUAUCCUUGAGUACCGCCGCGAAAAUGGCCGCACAUACCACCGUCUCAGCGACGGGAAAUACUUAGUUCCUAACGAUGAGACCGAACAAGAUCGCCUCGACAUUGCGAACCAUCUCUGGAUGCUCGCCUGGGAGGGCAAGUACUGCAUCUGUCCAAAGAACGAGGGUGCCCGGCGAGUCCUCGACAUUGGUACCGGCACGGGGAUCUGGGCUAUAGACUACGCUGACAGCCACCCCGAGGCGACUGUCCUGGGCGUCGACCUGAGCCCGAUUCAACCGGCGUACGUCCCGAUCAACUGCUCAUUCGAGAUUGACGAUCUGGAAAAGGAAUGGCUCUUCACGGAGCUAUUUGACUUCAUCUUUGCGCGCAAUAUGGCGGGCAGCUUCCGGGACUGGGACGACGUCGCGGAGCAAGCCUUCAACCACCUCGAGCCGGGGGGUUACUUUGAGAUCCACGACAAUCUGUAUCCGCUGCAGUGCGACGACGGCACGCUGCGGGAGGACUCUGCGCUGUUUCAGUGGUCAAAGUACCUCGUCCAGGCGUCGGAGAGGACGGGCCGCUCCAUCACCAUCGCCUCGGAGCUGCCGGGAAUCCUCGAGGCCGCGGGCUUCGUGGACGUGACGGUGACGAGGCAGGUAAUGCCCGUGUCGCCGUGGCCGGCGGACCCGCGGCUGAAGGAGCUGGGCCACUGGACGCAGGAGUCGCUCCGGCCGGGCAUCGAGGGCCUCUGUCUGGCGCUGUUCACGCGCAUGCUGGGGUGGACGUCCGAACAGGUUAGGGUGUUUUGCGUACAGGUGAGGGAGGAUGCUAGGAAUUUGGAGGACGUUUCCCGAUUAUUUGGUCAACCACAAACAUACCCCGUCCGUCGCUACUCAGAAGAGCCACCGGAGCCUCAUGCACCCAAAUUCAUUGUCGAGGCGCCGGACUUGCUGUCAUAUUCUUCGAACCUGCUCAGCAAAAGCAUUUGCAUCAUCGACUUUGAUCAUUCCUUCACCACAGACUCCGCCCCAGCGAAGCUCGGGAUCCCGGCAAAGUAUUUCGCGCCCAAAGUCGCCGUACCCGAGCAUGCAAGCGUCGCUUCUGAUGUCUGGGCUCUAGGUUGCGCGAUCUUCCGGGUUCGAUCUGGAGACGACGACUUCUUCGAUUAUGACAUAAAUUGCCCUGCAGACGUUCUUAGACAGAUUGUCAAGACGAUUGGCGGUCUGCUCAAGAAGUGGAAAGGAACGCGUUUUGCCGAGGAUGGAAACUAA